UGGAUAAACAAGACAUGGCCCACUUCCUCCACAUAAGAUAGCUGGAUGAUGCACCCAUUAUUGUACUAUCUACUAUUUUAAUAAUAGUGUACACCAACUUACAUAGAUAACUUAAGAAGCAACAACAUUCUUUAAGUCCCACAGAGCUUUAAGCCACAAUUUCUCGACAAGGUCUUCUUCUUCUUCUUGUUUCUCUUCCUACUCCAUCUUCAAAGUCAUCUGGCCAUCAUUAGUUGCGCUUUUUCGGACGAUCCAUGGCUUUGUCAAACUUAAAGGCCCCUCGUAUCAUGGCUCAUGAAUCUGGUCCAGUCAUCAGGCCCUUGAACAGAGUGAUGAUGCUUGGGAAAAGUCAACUCCCAUUCAGAAGAGCACCUGCUAUGCGGAUCAGAUCUUGCUUAAACAACCCGCAGGUUUUCGAGGAUCGGGCCGAGGGUAUACUCUGUUACAGAGACGAGAAUGGGGAAAUCAUCUGCGAAGGUUUCGACGAGGGCCCGAGAUACCAGCCGAAGAUCUUGAGAACAGAGCAUCAUCCCAGAGAUGCGAAGAUCAUUGACCUUCUCCAACAGAACUGGAUUCAGCUAGUUAAUGGAAGCGAAGUAUACCAAGCUGACGCGGGACUCGCAGCACAACAGGACUUCAACCAGAAUGGUUACAACAGAUUUCGCUGAUCGACUGCGCUAAAAUUACUUUCCAAGAAUAAAUCAUAUGCAAACUAGAUAUGCUCUAGAAUGUCGAAAAUCCAAUUCCUGCAAUGUGAAUAGUGCACUGGUUUUGCCCAGAAGGUGAAUUAUGUCUCUCGAGUCUUGAUUCAAGAAAUGCUCUUUCAAUGGUC